GAGUCGUUGUCUGGCCUAGUGCUGCCACACCCGGUUUUGCGAGACGCCAUCACUAGCACUAUGUCUAGAAGGUUAAUCAGCCUGUAUGUAUAACACAGUGUCCCGUUUUUACUCUAUCUUGUAUUCAUUGUUACAAAGGCAAACUAAGAACAGAUUGUGAGUGACGUUUACCAAUUUUUGGCAGAAGAAAUUAUUGAAAUUUUAUUUACAUUACGCUUAUAGAUAUAAAAAUAAAUGAACUGUCAUGGAUAUUUACACUAAAAACAAUGUGCAGUAUUUAGUAAUAGUUCAUCAACAAGCACUGUAAUUUUUUCCAUCUUAGAAUAUUGGAAUUAAAAGAGGAAUAAGUUAAACUAAUAACAUAAUAUAGCAUCAAGAAGAAUUAUAUAUUCAAUUAAAAGUAAAGCAUCAUAUGCACAUACAUGAUAUUGUGUUAAUCACAUUAUAUCUUUGCAAAGAAAGAAGAAUACAAUGGAUAAAGUAUAUUCCACGAGCGAAUUGAACACCUAUGGAUAGCAGCUAAAUAUGCUUUUUUCAUUGGUACCACCAUAUUCUUGCAAAAUCAAUAACGACCAAUCCCGUCAUGGCUUCAAUUUGCAGACCUUUUACUUGAGGGUCUCUACGACGUCGCACAGUAGGACGACAGACCCGAAAACCGGAAAUCAGUAUUUAAAAGAAAAUUUGUAAAAUUUUUUAUUAUCCAAUGGAGUUUCAUAUAUAAGUAAAUGAUUGAUCCCGGAAUCCUUAGGAGAGGUGUAUUAGCAUAUUUAUUGACAACUUUUUCCGUGGACUACAAAGCUUCCAAUGAUGUUUUCAUCAGGUCUUAAUUGUAAUCUCUCUUUCCCAAGUUGUUUGGGUUAUCCACAAGAUAGUGAAGAAUUAAUUCCAAAAAUGGCACGUGAGCCAAUUAUCUUAAAUGUUUAUGACAUGUAUUGGAUAAAUGAAUAUACUACACCUAUUGGUCUUGGUGUUUUUCAUUCAGGCGUGGAAAUAUAUGGAACAGAAUACGCGUAUGGUGGUCAUGCGCAACCUAGAAGCGGUAUUUUUGAAAUCACACCAAGAGUAGCUGAAGAAUUAGGUGAACAGUUUAGAUACAGACAAUCUGUUCAUAUUGGAUAUACAGAUUUCACAGAAGAAGAUGUUUCUAGAAUUAUUACAGAAUUAGGCAAAGAUUUUAGAGGAGAUCGUUACCACCUCAUGAAUAAAAACUGCAACCAUUUCAGUAGUCAGUUCACAUUGAUUCUAUGUGGGCAGGAAAUACCUGGUUGGGUAAAUCGUCUGGCAUAUUUCAGUUCAUGUGUACCAUUUCUUCAACGCUGUUUACCAAAAGAAUGGUUAACACCUGAUGCUUUGCAACACUCUUUAAGUCAGAUUAGUCAUCACGAAAGUACACCACCAUCGGAUACUUCGUUGUAACAUUUGCCUAAUACUAUUGACAUGCACGGUCUAAAAUACCGUAGGAGUUAUACGUUGUAGGUAAUUAAACGUGAUGAAAAAAUGUUGAUUAGGACUGACUAUAUAUCGCCAAGAUGUAAAAAAUUUGAGAAACUGAACCGUCAACACAAGGUACAAAUUUAAUAUUGUACACUUGAAUGCGACUGCUGAUAAUUAGUACCGAAAAGAUUGCCUUUACUGCAACAUGUCGUUUCCUAAUAUUUAGACUGCGAUCUGCAAUGUCGCAUGUGUUCUUUGUUGAGUAAUACAGUCAAGAUAUGAUAGUUAUAUAAUGAAAAUAAAUAAUUACCUAUAAAUUCAAAUAGUAAUGAACAGAAAGCUUGUUAAUUAAUAUGAAAAAAUUUUAUGUUACGUUCAAAAAUUAUCAAUUUAAAUCAAAUUUUUAUAAGAAUCUUUACAGACAUUCACACAGAUGUGUCAUGACACACAUCUUGAGUCACAAUAAACAGAAUACAUAACAUUUAUAAUGCUUGUAAAGAUGUGAAAAAUUUUUUUAGAAAAACAUCACAUAAUUCAAAGGAAUAUAUGUAGGAAAAAAAUUUCAAGGUUAUUUUUUUCGAGAUUUUAAUAUUAUUCUUUCUUUAAUCCUUUUAAAUGUGAUCAAAACGAUUUUUAUAAUAGUCCAUUCUUUCCAUUUCUUUACAUUAUAUAAGUUUUCUUAAAUAUUCAACGUAAAUACAUAUAUGUUAUUAGGGAAAUGAAAUUUACAACAAAUCUUAAGGGGAUGCCAAAAUAGAUGACAAACUUCAAAAAUGUCGAUAACGUACAAACGGACGUUCAAAUAUCAUCAAACAAACACUAAUAUGAUCACGUUAUCUUUUUUGUAUUCCUUAGGUCUGUUCUUUUCUUGAAAGCUUUCUGAACUAUAUACAUUGAUGCAAUAAGUUAGAGUGAAACCAAUUUUUCGCACCAGUGUAUUAAUUCAGAAAGUUCUUUGGAAAAGGACUCUUGUAUAUAUGGAUAUUAUAUAAAUAUGUGCUACUUUACUAUAUUUAGCGAAAAACAUAACCACACAUACACACCUCUUGAGAUAUACAUAUACAUACGCACUCCUCUGUCAGUUAUCUUAAAUACUUGCCCGACAUGAAAGUUCUGUAACUUGUACAUAUCUAAUGUAUGCUCUCCUCGGGAAAUUUCAAAGAACUUCGCUGUAUCUACAACUGAAUUUAGAGAAACUUAAAAAUAUAUAUGAAAAAUAUA